AUGGGUCUGCUGGACAAAUUGUCAGUGUGGCUGGGACGCGGCAAGGCGGAGGUGACGGUGCUGGUGCUGGGGCUGGACAACAGCGGCAAGAGCACGCUGCUCAACGCGCUCAGGGCGCCAGAGCAGCGCGUCGCGCACACCACGCCCACCGUCGCGCAGCAACAGGAGCACUUUCAGAGCGGAGGCGUGUCGUUCAGCGCGUGGGACGUGUCGGGCGCGCCGCGGCACCGCGCGCUGUGGGAGCGCCACUACCGGCGCGCGCACGCCGUCAUCUUCGUCGUGGACUCUGCCGACCAUCUCAGGCUCGUGGUGGCCCGCGAGGAGAUGGAACUUCUUCUUGCCCACCCGGACAUGUUCGGUCGUCGAGUGCCGCUCCUCAUAUUCGCCAACAAGUCGGAUGCGGCGCAUGCGCUUGCCCCCAUGCAGGUCGCAGCUGCGCUGUGCCUCGAGCGCAUCACGGACAAGCCGUGGCACAUCUGUGCCUCUUGCGCUCUGUCCGGUGCGGGAAUCGCCGACGGAGUGACAUGGCUCGCGAGGCAACUGAGAGACGGCCUUGUUCCCACCCAACAUACAUAG